CCUUUCAAAUAUCAUACAUUACAAAGAUCUCUACUUUUUCUUUUUCCUUCAUCAACAUCUUCUUCUUCUCCUUCUUCUACUUUAUAAGGUCGUGUUCUUCGUUUUUCUUCUAAGCACAUAUAUAUAUAUAUAUUGAAUGUUCAUAAUGGAUAAAGAAGCAGAGAAAAUAAUUUCAGAAGAUCAAAGAGUUGAUAAUAAAUUAGCUGAAAACGACAGAUGGGUUGUGAAUAUGGAAAGCUGUAAGGAUAUUGUUGAGUCAAGAUCUAUGGAUUCAUCACAAGAAAAUUCAUCAGUAGACUCCAUUGAAUCAUCAUCUUCGUCAGAAUUGGCAGAGGAUGCUUCUUCUUCUUCUUCUAAAUCAAGUUCAUCAACAUCAAUAUCAUCCUUUUCUUCGUCAAAUGGUCCCCUAUACGAACUAUCCGAGCUCAUGGUCCAUCUCCCAAUAAGAAGAGGAUUAUCCAAGUAUUAUCAAGGCAAGUCUCAGUCUUUCACAUCUCUAGCAAGUGUUGUAAAUGUUGAAGAUCUUCCCAAAAAGGUUUCACCUUACAGAAGAAAAAUGAUGAUGAAGUCAUGCAAGAGCUAUGGAGGGGGGUUAGAUAGCAAAUUACACUAUCCCAAGGCUCUUAUAUCAAAGAAAUCGGCAACAAGAGGAUCUUUAUUAUAUUCUAGGCACCUUUAAUUAAUUAGGGUUUUAUCCUUGUCCGUUUAACAAAUUCAAAUUUUGCACUUUUCCUUACUAUGUCAUGCGGAGCAUCGUUUCCUCUCUUUUCUUCAGUUUCUUUACUAGUUUUAUAUGAUGUAACUCUUUUUAACAAUACCCUUUAAAAAGAAUGAGUAGUUAAGCUGGUACCCUUUUUAUUUCA